CUUUCUAGUACAGCUCAGAUAUCAGGUCAAUGUAAGUUUUACGAAUUAUCUGAGUGUCAAAGGGACCUAUAAUUGGAAGAAAUGUAAACGAUGUUUCUUGAAGAAAGUCAAAAGACGCAAAUCAGGAUUUUAGUUUGUUUAUGUAUUAUAAAAACGAAAAAUAAAAAUGAAAUGUUUGAAAAAUUCAAUAUUAGUUGUUAUUAAUACUUUUUGAUCUAAGAUUCUAGAAGGCAAGUCGGACGCUCAAUAUAGCAGCAUUUAAAAUAUUUAAAUGUCUUCUCUUAUCCAGUAAAAGAGAAAAGUUAAUUUAUUUGCCUAUCGAUGAUAAAAAUAAAACAAAAUAUUUGUAGCAUCUGCUAAUGGAAAUCAAAUAUGUGAUACAUUUUGGUUACAUUUUUAACUGUGUGAAAACCAAUGUUGGUGGUUGGCUAUGGGAUAUUGAAUUUAUUGGAUGACAACUUUGGCAACAUGGCAAAACACCACACAUUAUAUUUUUUUCACAAGGCAUUUAAAAUUCAGCGAAAAAAAAAUACGAACACAGAAAUGAAAUAGAGUUGUGAAUUAAAUGGAAGCAACUGAAAUAUUUCCACGAGUGUUUCACAGCCUCGUUACUGAGUAUAUUAACUGAAUCGUUUACUUGUAGAAAGUGAUUAUGAGAGCAAUUGUGUUAUGUAUAUUGUUUGGGUUUGUUCACGCGAAUGAUCAUGGUACUGGGUUGACCCCUCCGUACACAUGCACUACAACUGUUUGUAAGCCUGGUCAACCCUCAGUUGACAAUGAAGGAGAAGCCAUGAACCAGGGAAGACCAGGAAAAAGAGGUCCAUCGGGGAUGAAAGGCGACAAGGGAGACCCGUGUCAAUGCGAUAUAGCUGAUACAAAUGCAAUGGCAGAGUUACGGGCAGAAUGGGAAGCCAUAAAAGAAAAGUUCAUAAUAUUGGAGGGAAGAUUGAGAACACUGGAAGAUGCUGUAACCGAUCUACCGGAAAAUUGCUCGUCUUACAUGGAGAUGUCACAUCAAUCAUCUAUCUACGAAGUUGUGCCAAUUUAUCCGCUCAAAUUCAUUGGUGAAUUGACAUCGUGGAUGACAAACUGCAAGAAAGCAAUGGCUGAAAAAACUGAUGGAUGGGUGACUGUUCAAAGAAGAGUGGAUGGGGGUACAGAUUUUUAUAGAAACUGGGAAAGCUAUGUCAGAGGGUUCGGGGAUCGAAAUGGAGAGUUUUGGAUAGGUCUCCGUCGACUUCAUCGCAUGACGUCCGACAGGAAGUGUAAACUGAGAAUUGAUUUUAGAGAUUGGGACAAGUCAACGAAAUACGCUGAAUAUACUACAUUUCAAGUCGACGAUGAAGCUUCAGAUUUCAGAUUGACUGUGUCUGGCUAUUCUGGUAAUAUACAGGAUAGUAUGGCUCAUCACAACAAUCGAAGAUUUUCCACAUUUGACCGGGAUAAUGACGUUCAUCCCACAAUUGCAUGCGCAGUGAGAUAUAAAGGUGCUUGGUGGCACGGUAAUUGCCACGAUUCGAAUUUAAACGGUCAAUAUUUUAAAACCAAAACGAAUAACAAUGUAGGAGUUUGGUGGGAUGGAUUCUCAUACUCCUUACCUUACGUUGAAAUGAAACUUCUCUGUAUUUGAUUUUUUAUAAAGUCCAUUUUUUUGCGUAGUAAAUGUAUUGAUUACACGAAUUUAAAUAUUGAGCUUAUUCAUAUUUUAUUUUACAAGAUAUAUUCGCAGGGGACGUUUGUAUUUUAAUGUUGAUUCUGGUGUUGAGCACAGGAACUAUUCUCUCAUUAAAUUACUUUCUGCAGUGAAAUUCUGCCAUAUUCUGAAAUAUGCCACACUUAUUAUUUCUUAGAUUUAUUAAGACAUACAAUUAGUAUUCAUAACCGUGUUGAGUUCAGCGCGAAUAUAGCUUACGUUUGACUUGAAGAUAAGGAAAACUUAUCGACGAGUCGUCUGUUAUGGCACAAAAUAUAGUACUGACUUUGCUAAAAUCGCUUCCAUAUCUUGGGAUUUUAUUGACAAUGAUUGUAUAUUAUAUAGCAGGAAUAGCCAACAUUUUUUUGACUUCGAUCGACUAAAAUCUUCAAAAUACCUCGCGAUUGACUGAUUGUUAAUAAAUAAGGUCAUACACAGAAACGAAUGAGUACUUAAUAUACAGAUAACUGCACACACGCAUUCGCAAAAUUCCACCGACGCCAAUAAGCUCGACUAUGUGGACUCUUGCAGAAAUCGUCACAAAACUUUGUAUUUUUUAUGUUCCAUUAAAUUUGUUAAUUUGAUUAUGUAAUUGUACCAAGUGUAAAUGUUUCAUCAUUCAUUCAAGUUUCAGUUCAAAUGAUCCAGUUCAGAUCUAAGGCCUGCCUAAUCUUUAGUCGUAAGCAGGUGCGCACCUAGGAUUUUCAAAAGGGAGGGGUUUCAAAUUCAGAAUUUCCGAUGCAAGGCUUCCGAAACAGUCGCCGCGAUUACGUGCUACCGAAUGCUUGUCUCGCGCUUGUACUGCUUAUCGCACAUUUAAGGGCUUGUCUUUCUUUUCGGAUAUAGAAAGAGCCGACUUUUUCGGCGUAUAAGAAUUUUUUUGCCAGGUAAAAUAUUCAAUUCAUGAGAUCGAGAAUUUAAAAUGUCUUUCUAUAAUAAUUUAAUUGUGUUUAACAAAACUAGGGGUUGCGUCAACUUACGUCCGCCAUGGUCGUUAGAAAAAUCCCAAGAUCUGCUAAAAAAUCGCGGAA